AAGCCUCCUUCUCAUGGUGCCUUCUCAUUACGAAGUUGAAAUUCCUUACCAAAGAGUCAAACCUGGUCUUCGGUCAGGCUACGCAAGCGUGAGGCUGCGAGAGACCAUACCCUUGCUGGCGAUCUACGGCUUUAUCUGAUCCCUACCUGAAAGAAAGGUCUUCGGAUGAUCAAAGAAGACUGCCUGUUCUCUGCCCUUUUCUUCUUGAGCUCUGAGAUUGAAGGUGUGAUGGAACCAUGUACCAACAAGACCAUAAGAGCCACAGCCGUGCUGCUCUUCUUCUUCGUUGCCCUCUCCUUCCUCGUCAGCUUCACCAGCUGCGCCGACAAAUCUUACCUCUCCCAUUUCUGCGACAACACUACUAUGUUCGCUAACCACAGUAACUAUCAAUCCAAUCUCAAUACCCUCCUCUCUUCUCUUUCCUCUAAUGCUACUUCCAAUUCCAACAACGGCUAUCGUAACGACACCGUCGGCCAGAGUCCCAAUACCGUUUACGGCCACUACUUCUGCAGAGGCGAUGCCACCCACGACGUCUGUCGUGAUUGCGUCAAAGCCGCCGCUACUGACAUUUUCCAGCGCUGCACCAACUGCAAAAUCGGAUACAUUUGGUACGACAUGUGUACUCUCCGCUACUCCAGCCAGAACUUCUUCACCACUGUCAUCGAUGCCCCUGCCGACUACAUCUGGAAUGAACAAAACGUCUCUGAUCCGACUCGGUUUAAUCAGCUAUUGGCAGAUACAAUGAACUUGGCCGCCACUACAGCUGCCUCCAAUUCUGAGAGAUUCAGCACUCGAGAAGCUAAUUUUUCGCAAUCUCAGAAGUUGUAUUGUUUGGCACAGUGCAGCCCUGAUAUAUCAGGGAUCGACUGUAAUAGAUGUCUUAUGGGUACCAUCGCUUUCCUUCCCAAUUGUUGUAGCGGCAAGGAAGCAGGAAGGGUUUUUAAUCCGAGCUGUAACAUUAGGUUUGAGAUGUCCCCUUUCUAUCGAGUCACAGCUUCAGCUCCGCCGCCUCCGAGCAACAGAACUUCCUCUUCUGCUCAUGAAAAACAAGAAAACUCGUCUAGCAAAUUUGUUGCCAUUAUGGUGCCAAUUGCUGCAGCAGGAGUGAUUCUCUUCUGUAUUCUGUGUUUGUUAAUCCGAAAGAAAAAGAAGGGCCUACCAAAGGGCAAUGAUGAAAAUGCAUUUAGAAGUGUGGCGUCAUUGCAAUUUGAGUUCAGUACAGUACUUGCAGCCACAAACAACUUUGCUGAGGUCAAUAAAAUUGGUGAAGGGGGGUUUGGUUCUGUUUACAAGGGUAUACUUCCCAACGGACAAGAAAUUGCUGUAAAAAGGCUCUCAAAAUACUCAGGGCAAGGUGCAGAAGAAUUCAAGAAUGAGGUUAUGUUAGUUGCAAAGCUUCAACAUCGCAAUCUGGUUAAGCUAUUGGGAUUUUGCUUGGAGGGAGUAGAAAAGAUCCUUAUCUAUGAGUUUAUACCCAACAAAAGCCUCGAUUACUUCCUAUUUGAUACUGAGAAAUGCAUGCAGUUAGAUUGGCAGAGACGUUCCAAAAUCAUAGGAGGGAUUGCUCGAGGGCUUCUUUAUCUUCAUGAAGAUUCCCGCCUUCGUAUCAUUCAUAGGGAUCUUAAAGCCAGCAAUAUCUUGCUAGAUGAAGAAAUGAAUCCCAAGAUCUCAGACUUUGGGAUGGCAAGAAUAUUUGGGGUGGACCAAACUCAAGCAAAUACAAACAGAAUAGUUGGGACUUAUGGUUACAUGGCUCCGGAGUAUGCAAUGCAUGGGCAAUUCUCAGUCAAAUCAGAUGUGUUCAGCUUUGGUGUAUUAGUUUUGGAGAUUAUUAGUGGAAAGAAGAACAAUAGAUUCUAUCAAACAGAUUUUGCUGAGGACCUUAUAAGCUAUGUAUGGAAACAUUGGAAUUCAAGAACAAUCUUGGAUAUAAUUGAUCCAAACCUGAGAAAAAAUUGUUCAAGAAGUGAACUGAUGAGAAGCAUUCAAAUGGGGUUAUUGUGUGUUCAAGAAGAUAUAGCUGCUAGACCCACUAUGGCGAGCAUAGUCCUUAUGUUAAGCAGCUUUUCAAUUACUCUUCCAUUACCCUCACAGCCAGCAUUUUUUGUGAGAAGUAGAAUGGAAUCGGAAUCAGAUCAAUCAAAAAGCAGGUCGACAGCAAUAUCCAUCAAUGAAAUCUCAGUCACUGAGUUAGAGCCCAGAAUUGGAGAAACAAUGGAACCAUGUAGCAACACAACCCCAAGACCCACAACAGUAUUGCUCUUCUUAUUCUUCGUUGCCCUCUCCUUCCUCUUCAGCUUCACCAGCUGUGCCGAACAAUAUUAUGUCUACCAUUUUUGCGAUAACACUACUGUUUUCGCAAAUCAUAGUACCUAUCAAACUAACCGCAACAUCCUCCUUUCUUCUCUUUCCUCCAACGCCACUUCCAACUCCAUCAACGCCUAUCACAACGCCACCAUCGGCCGGAGUCCUAAUACCGUUUACGGCCACUACUACUGCAGAGGCGACGUAACCCGCGAUGUCUGUCUUGAUUGCGUCAAGACCGCUGUUAAUGAUGUUCUCCAGCGAUGCCCAGACAGGAAAAUCGCAAUCAUUUGGUACGAAAUGUGUACGCUCCGCUACUCCAAUCAGUCCUUCUUCUCCACUGAAUCCGAUGACCCUGCCGUCUACUUGUGGAAUACACAGAACGUAUCUAAUCCGAAACAGUUUAAUCAGCUCUUAGCCACUACCAUGACCGACGCUGCCACUAAAGCUGCCUCCGAUUCUGAGAGAUUUGGCACUCGAGAUGCUAAUGUUUCCCAAUUUCAGAAGUUGUAUUGUUUGACACAGUGCAGCCCUGAUCUAACAACGAACGAUUGUGACAGAUGCCUUGUGGGUAACAUUGCUUCUCUCCCCAGUUGCUGUGACGGCAAGCAAGGAGGAAGGGUUAUUAAUCCGAGUUGUAACAUCAGGUAUGAGUUGUACCCUUUCUAUCAAGUCACAGCUUCAGCACCGGCUCCUUCGCCUACUCGUCUUGUUUCUCCGCCGCCUCCGAAUAACAGAACUACCACUCCUGCCAUUCCUGAGAAAAAGGGAAGCUCGUCUACAAAAUUUGUUGCCAUUUUUGUGCCAAUUGCCGCUGCCGGAGUGAUUCUUUUCUGUAUUCUCUGUUUGGUAGUCCGGAAGAAAAAGAAGGGCCCGUCAAAGGAUGAUGGAGAAAAUGCAAUUAAAAGUGCAGCGGCAUUGCAAUUUGAGUUCAGUAUGAUCCUUGUAGCCACAAACAACUUUGCUGAGGAAAAUAAAAUUGGUGAAGGGGGAUUUGGUUCUGUUUACGAGGGUAAACUUCCCAAUGGACAACAAAUUGCGGUCAAGAGACUCUCAAGACAAUCAGGGCAAGGUGCAGAAGAAUUCAAGAAUGAGGUUAUGUUAGUUGCAAAGCUUCAACACCGCAAUCUGGUUCGGCUAUUGGGUUUUUGCUUGGAGGAAGAGGAAAAAAUCCUUAUCUAUGAGUUUGUACCCAACAAAAGCCUCGAUUAUUUCCUAUUUGACCCUGAGAAAUCCAUUCAGUUAGAUUGGCAGAGACGUUACAAGAUCAUAGAAGGGAUUGCUAGAGGCCUUCUUUAUCUUCAUGAAGAUUCCCGUCUUCGUAUUGUUCAUAGGGAUCUUAAACCCAGCAAUAUCUUGUUAGAUGAAGAAAUGAAUGCCAAGAUCUCAGACUUUGGAAUGGCAAGACUAUUCGGCGUGGACCAAAGUCAAGGAAAUACAAACAGAGUUGUUGGAACUUAUGGUUACAUGGCUCCGGAAUAUGCAAUGCAUGGGCAGUUCUCAGUCAAAUCAGAUGUAUUCAGCUUUGGUGUAUUAGUUUUGGAGAUUAUAACUGGAAAGAAGAGUAGUAGUUUCUAUCAAACAGACUUUGCUGAGGACCUUAUAAGCUAUGCAUGGAAACAUUGGAAUGCAGGAACAACCUUGGAGAUGAUUGAUCCAAACCUGAGGGGAAAUUCUUCAAGAAAUGAAAUUAUGAGAUGCAUUCAAAUGGGGUUAUUGUGUGUUCAGGAAGAUGUUGCUGAUAGACCCACUAUGGCAAACAUAGUCCUUAUGUUGAGCAGCUUUACAGUUACUCUUCCAUCACCCUCAGAACCAGCAUUUUUCAUGCGGAGCAGAAUGGGAUCAGACAUGCUUAUGGAAGGGAAACAAAUGCAGGACACUGAAUCAGAUCAAUCUAAAAGCAGGUCGGCUCCAAUAUCUGUCAAUGAAGUUUCCAUCACCGAGUUAGAGCCCCGAUAAUGUCUCUGGAUCAAGGAUUAAAAAAAAGAGCAGUCCAGUGCACGAGGCAUCCGCUACUACAGGGUCGGUGGAUCAAGGAUAAUACAAAUCAACCAUAUCUUUGUGCAAAGAAAGCUAUUCAGGUUUAAUUGUGAUUUAUAAUAUUAAUGUUUGGUUUUGGUUUGGUUCACAACCGAAAAAUCAUCGGUUUCAACCGAAUAAAUCAAACCUUGAUCGGACCAAUACAAAACCAUUACACCUAUAUAACUCUUUGAUUUCAAGGAUUAUUAAAAGUAGAAUUAGAUUUCUGGUGUGUUUAAAUUGUUUUGAACAUAUAUAGUUUAUAUUAUAAGCCUUUUAAGGCAUUUGAAUGA